GUCUGUGCAAACCUAAUUCUGGGCGUGCAAGCCGGCAGAACACCUCCCUAAUUCUGGGCGUGCAAGCCGGCAGAACAUCCCCCCUCCCCCCCCCCCCCCCUAAUUCUGGGCGUGCAAGCCGGCUGAAGACCCCCCUGUCCCUGGAGUGAAGGGAGCGGUGAAAGCAGGCUCUGGGUCUGAAAUCUGAGAUAACAAGAUUUUCCAGCAUCUGUAGUUCCUACUAUCCCUGGGUCUGAAAUCUCCAGCUUUACCUGGGACCCUGGGCCAUGAAUGAUUCCCAGUGCCUAGAUGACCUGCCGAUCGUUUCCAGGUGGUGCGGUGCUCCCAGGCAGGAGCUGGGACUGAGGGAGUUUUACAGCGAGACCCAGCGCCUGGCUUUGGAAGAGCUGAUCUCCGGCGGCGAGGAGGCUUACAGAGCCUUACUGAAGAGGGAGAGAGUCCAAGGCUUCCUGUCAGCCGAUGAGAUCGCCAGCAUCCUGCAAUCCACCAUCAGCCCCCCUGGACUAGAGAGCCAGCCACUCGAGCAGUCCUUCACCGGCUCCAGUGACCUCUCCUCAGGGACCUAUUUCCCGGAUGCCUCAGACGUUGAGGUGCCGGUUCUGGACAUUGGGUGGCCGGUGUAUCCGAGCAACUGGUACCGGGGUGUGACCCAGGUGGAGGUGUAUUUCCAGCCCAGCUAUGGGGAGUUCAUCUAUAGCUGCAAGGAGGCGAUCAGGAAGCUCAUCAGAAAGGCAGAGAAGGUUAUUGCCCUGGUAAUGGACACCUUCACUGAUAUUGAUAUUCUCAAGGAUCUCCAUGAGGCUUGCCGGAGGAGACGUGUCCCUGUUUACAUCCUCCUCGAUCAAUUUGGCCUCCCACUCUUUCAGAAAAUGUGUCGGGAUGCUGGUGUCCGGGUGGAGGAGGAGAGGAAGAUGAGAGUCCGCACAAUAACGGGAUGUACUUAUUGCACAAGAACAGGAGCCAAAGUUAUUGGCAGAGUCCAUGAAAAAUUCAUGUUAAUUGAUUGUGAUAAAGUAGCCACUGGCUCUUACAGUUUUACUUGGACUGAUGGGAAGCUGAAUCGCAGUAAUUUGACUGUGCUCUCAGGACAGUUGUCUGAGUUUUAUGAUGAAGAGUUCAGAAUACUGUAUGCCCAGUCACAGCUAAUACCAACCCAGUCAGCGGAUUUUAGGAAUCGUGCUAUCUGUGAAGAGAUUGCAGCAAAGAAGUUGGUGUCUAGAGAGCCCACUGCCAACAAUGCCUUGGAGAAACAAAUAGUACCGUGUUCCCCAGUAAGGUGUAAACCUGAAGCUCUGGGCCAAACAGCUGAGAAAAAGCCAUGUUCACAAACUUCUGUUGGCUCAGCCAGCAGUCAUGUGUCUGAAGUAUCCACACUCAGUGACAAAGCCUCUCAUCAGACCAAGGAGGCGAAGAGCGUGUCUGUGCAGACAGAUGUGCAAGUACAGCCAGGGAUGCACAACACUUCCACACAAACCUGUAUCCUGCUGAAGGAGGUGGAAACCCAAACUACACUCCUAUCAAAAUCAAGCUCAACUCAGACCUCUGUUUGUUCCAGAAUUGGUGCACAGGCUGUAAACAUCACUGCUGCCGUCCCAUUGUCACUCACAGAGCAGUCAGAUACAGAUGGAUAUCCAGCCAUUGGCGAGUCAACCAAUGCUCCCGAUCAGCCUCCUCCUUCCCCAACAGAGUCCAGCAAUGGUUCAAGUAGUUCUUCAUCUUCUGCCACCUCUGAAGGUCGGCAAUGUCAUACUUUUCCCAGCUAUCAUCAUGCAGGUCUCCACAGCACCAACUCCACGCUGAGGAACUGCUUCCAGAAACUCACCAAAGAACGUCAAUUCCAUUACACUACCAUUCGCUCCAAGCUGGACAGCAUGGUUGCCAUUCUGUCGAGCAACCGACACUUGGACAAGUUCCACAGCCGUGAGCUGGGCCAGUACAAUGCAAGGGGUAGCAGAGAGUUGAUGAGCAGGAGUAGAGUUUUGGGAUUCAGGGAGGUAUCUGCGUUGGCUUCUUUGGCGCUGCGAAACUAAACAUCAUUUCAAUUCACGCCUGAUUAUUUUUCUCCACAGACUGUGUGGAUUAUUCGGUGAUUGGUCAAACUUUGCCAAUGGUUGUCUUUGGCCAAGUUUUAACAUUAGUAACCGGGAUCUCUUUAGUGCUGAAUGGGUUUGAGAUUCUGUAUAAAGUUCAGUUAACAAAUAAGACUAUGAUGGCUGUUCUUACAAGAAUUGCUUUGCGUGAGGGAGGAGGAGGACUACUUCCACUAGUGACACUUUUUUUGAUUCCUCUAAAAUAAACAUUGUCUGUAUUUUUUUUUAAUAAGUUACCUUUUGUCACUGUGCAUCAGGUGUUGCUCAGUGGUUAGCACUCUAACCUCUGAGAUAUGAUUCAAGUGUCACUUAAGUCUUGAAUGCAAAGUUUAGGAUGAUAAUUUAACUCAGUACUAUGGGAGUACUUUUGGAUAAGAUGUUAAAACAAAGUCCUGCCUACCCUCUUGGGUGGAUGUAAAAAUUGCUGUCCGAUGAGUUAAAAAUGUUGAGGUCAUGAGGAUUUAUAAAUACAAAUCUUUCUUUCCUUGUGGAUUUCCAGUGCCUCGUUAACAUUUUGUUUCUCUCAAAUUGUGGGUGUGAUCAAUGAGGACAGAAAAAUGACGAUGCUGUUGAAAUAUGAACAGAGAAAAACCAUCCUAAGAACCAAUGUUGGUAGAUGCAGCAAGCUGAAAAGAACUUAGAUCCAUCCCUGAGUUGGUUGUAAAUUCCAGUUUUGUAUUUAAGGUGGUUCAUUAUUAGAAAAUUAAAAAAAGUAAAACUGAAUGUAAAACAUGUACGUGGAAACAUUCAAAUGCAUUGUCUCAUUUGCAGUUGAAGUUUACAACUUUGAUAUUUAACUCUUUUCUCUUGUAGCUUGAUGUACCAAAAUUGACCAUAUUGGUUGACUAGAUUUUUAAUUUUUAAGGGAGAGGGAGUUUCUUUAUUCACCACAACUGCAUUCAGUUCCUAAAUUCAGAAAUGUACAUGCACAAUUCCUCUGAAGAGUAGGAACCAGAAGGUACGUCAUAGAUUAUGUACAAUAAAAUGACAUGUUUAUAUCUCUCUUUUUAUGUAGAAUUUAGUGGAGGGAACAGGCCAUCUGGUCCAACUGGUGUAUACUAAUGUUCGUCUCAUACGAGCCUCCUUGCACAUUUACUUCAUCUGAGCACAUUACUUCAUCUGAACCUAUUCAAUUUUUUAAAAAUUUAUUUCCAGCUCGUGUACUUAUCUAGCUUCCCCUUAAGGGACUUAUGCUAUUUGCUUCAGCCAGUCUAUGAAGUAGCAGGUUCCACAUUUGCACCACUGAAUAAAGAAGUUUCUUUAUUGGAUUUGUUGUUGACCAUCUCAUAUUUAUGACUCUUUUUACUUUCAAAAUUCACACAAAUGGAAAUGCCUUUGCCCUAAUGUACCCAAUGUUUCUAAUCAAAUGCCCUUAAAAUUCACAAUAACUGAAAGUUUUGUGCAAGUCAUGGGAAAUUGGUUUUGGAUGCUCUUAUCCAGCCAGAUACUGGAAAUAAAGGCUGAAAUCCCAAUUAACAUUAGGAACAAAACUGGAUACAGCUUUAGAAAGUAGUGGAAGAAUUGCUGUCCUAUUUUCAAUUGCCUGUUUUUGGAUAUUAUACAUCCACUAAUCUGCCCCAGUCACACAAUACAAUCCUAACUUUCUGCACUGAGAGAUGUUUUAUUUUGUUUCUUGUCAACUAUUCUGUAAUUUCUUCUGAGUUGAAAUAACAAUUAAUGUGAAUGUAGAGAAGACCAUUGUUUACACAGCCAUGGGAAAUACCUUGAACAGCCUUGAUAUUUCACUACCAAAUCCUUACUAACGAGCUCUGAAAUGGAUUCAGGUGCCAGAGAAUGGCUAGUAUCAAAGUAACUGCAUGAGCUAGAAAUUCCUGUCUCCAUAUUCUGGCUCCUCAUUGCUAGGGAUGGACGCAAUCUUUUUAAAAUUAUUCUCAGUGAAAUAAUAAAAAUGUAGCAAUAUUGAUCAGUAGGAACAUAAUGUUCAGAGACUUUGAAACAUAAUUUGUAAUGCCUUACAUUAAAGUAACCCCCAAUCUGUGCAUAAUCCUGGCUGUUAAAGCAACCAUAUCCGAUUGUUGUCCCAUUGUCCUAUACUCUGCACCUAACAUUAGAGUUUAAGGGGCUUUCUUAUAAAUGACAUAAAACUGAGAAUGCCUAUAUUGCCUUAUCUAAUGUUUUUAAACUUUAUGGAUUAAUACCUCCAAACAUUUAAAUGGGACUGAUAAUGUAAACUUGAUAUCCAUUUAAUUGGUGGCUGGGAUAUCAGAUGGUAUUUGUGUUUUGUUUAUUUUGCCAUAUUAUCUGUUGUCUGUGUUGUCUUUUUACAUGUAUAUCCUUGUGCUGUAAAAUUAAAGAAUUGGUCUAUGUUCACUGCCACUCUGGGCUCCCAGACUGAAAUUCUGCCUUUGCUUUUCAAAUGAUUGAAACUGCUACACUUGAGGAUUGUUGCUAUGGGAAAAUUAUAGAAACGGUGUAAGAAUUCGAUCUAUAGAGAUUUGUAGCAUUAAUCUGUAGGUUGCAAGAUUGGCUAUUAUGGGAAUGCAAUAAAGAUUUUUUUAAAAUACUGAUAUUUUGAAGUCAAUACACUUUUAAAAAGUUUAUUAUGGAAUACUGUACAACUUGUUUAUUUAGUAACUAUGAAACCGAGAAUUAUUUCUCAUGAUUUUAGAAUUCUGAAGUAGAAGAAUAUGCUGCUUAGCAACUGUAUGUUUUGCUAUUGCCACUUAUAUUAAGGUAGUUGAAGGUGGUGUCUCAAUUAACCAUAGUUAUUGUA